CCCAGCCGGUGCAUUUCCCAGCCUUCCGGAGUUCUUCACAAAUGAGCCAAAGAUUUGUUCGUUCGCGCUAACUUGAGAAAAUGAGAAAUCAAACUGGAGGAUGAUUGUUCUGUGCUUCUGAACGGACUUGUGUUGUUUUGUUUCGACCGGACUUGUAGGAUUUGGUUGUCGAAUCCUUGUGGGGUUGAGGGUAAACAUGGGGCUAUCCCGAAAUGAAACGGAAAUUUGGACAGAGCAUAUGGACACGAACCACACGACCGACAGUUUGGGUCCGGAGGUUGUUAUCGUGCCCGUCAUAUUUGGAUGUAUAUUCUUCGUGGGAAUCAUUGGAAACACUCUAGUGAUGGUUGUCAUUGGGAAAAUAAAGUCGAGGCGCUCGAGAAGCACCACUAACAUUUUCAUCCUAAAUCUCAGUAUAGCAGACUUAUCUUUCCUCAUGUUUUGCGUCCCGUUUCAGGCCACCAUAUACUCUCUUCCAGAGUGGAUCUUCGGGGCACUUCUGUGUAAAUCUGUGCACUAUUUUUUCACGGUCAGCAUGCUGGUGAGCAUUUUCACGCUUGUGGCCAUGUCGGUGGACAGGUACAUUGCCGUGGUGCUCUCCAAAAAGUCCCCGUGCAUUCGCAACCGGAGGAAUGCGCUCAUUGGCGUCUGUGUCAUUUGGAUGCUUUCCUUCAUCUUUGCAGUCCCUGCUGCGCAGCACCAAAUUUUGACGGAGCACCCCAAGGCUCCCAACAGCACGUUCUGUUGGGAGAUAUGGACUGAACGGAUGGCCAAGCACACUUAUAAAGUGACUAUUCUCGUGACUGGGUAUCUGUUACCGUUGGUUUUGAUCACAUGCAGUUAUGCCAAGGUAUUGUACCAUCUUCAUAAAAAAAUGAAAAAUAUGUCCAAGAAGUCUGAACAGUCAAAGCGAAAGACAGCUCAGACGGUCUUGCUGGUUGUCACUGCAUUCCUCAUCUGCUGGAUGCCGCACCACAUUAUCGCUAUGUGGGUAGAGUUCGGCCAGUUCCCACUGAAUGAUGCUUCUUUUGCGUUUCGCAUCAUCUCUCACUGCCUAGCCUAUGGAAACUCCUGUGUCAACCCCAUUCUUUAUGCCUUCCUCUCUGAAAACUUCAGAAAAGCCUGCAAGCAGGUCUUCACGUGCCGUUUCUUUUACUCUCCUCCGCCCGUGGAAAAAGUGGUGCGCAUUCGCAUGGAGAACUUCUCAAUGACACAUUCCACCACUAACAUGUGACUCAAAACAUUUUAGAGGUAUCAGCACUGUUCAAAACAUUUCUAUUGUUGUCUCUGCUCCAUGCAUGCUGUCAUGGAUUACAUUUCAAGGUAUGACUGACAAGGACAGUAAAAAUGUAGAUACCUUGAGAAGUAAAACCAUAUAUAAUAUCUGAAUCCAUGUUUAUUAAAGGCAUUUGCCAAUAACUACUUAAGUGUAAAUAGUGUUUGUCAAUGAAAUGUUUUUACAUUUUUAUGUUCACUGUUAAAUGUAUUAUUGUUAUUGAAAAUAAUUAAAAUUUAUGUAGAAAUAAAUGUAAAUAUAUAACUACUACAAUUAUACUUGAUAUGUUUGAGAGAAUCACUCUAAAAAAAGCAUGUUUGUGAAGGAACUGUGAUGUUUAAACACCUUUUUGCAUAGUGUUUAUGUAGUUUCUGUUUAAACAUGCCAUAAACUUUAAUACUUACUUAUAUGCUGUAUGUCCAGUCUUAUGGUGAUAUAUCUAUUAUGAAAAAAAAUAUUAUUGAUGGUUACCCCCUUUAAGAAUUCAAAUAAUAAAAAUAUC